AUGUCUGAAGAAACAAAUUCAAACACAACAAUUAAAAUCGAACCGCUAGAUUAUCUUCAAGUGAAACAAGAAUUGGAUGAUUACGAUAACAAUUAUCUAGAAAACGACCAAGUAUAUCUACAACGAUUUUUGAAAUCUGAGGUAAUAAUCGAGGAAGAAAUAAAGCAAGAAACGUUUGAUGAGCAAAAUGAAGAAAUCUUUAAUUCAAAUAUUGUAGUGGGUAAUGCAAGCAAAUCGUUUGAAAGAGUUCCAGAAAAAAACACCCAUAAUUUGAAACGCCAUGAAUGUGAAAUAUGCAAUAAAACAUUAGCGACAAAACAAACAUUAAAUCAACAUAAAAUGAUUCACACUGGGGAAUAUCCUUAUAAUUGUGAAUUAUGCAAUAAAACAUUUGCAACAAAGUCAAAAUUAAACAGACAUAGAAUGAUUCACACUGGAGAAUGCCCUUAUAAAUGUGAGACAUGCAAUAAAAAAUUUAAAGAAAAGCAAAAAUUAAACCGACAUAAAAUGAUUCACACUAGGGAACGCUCUUAUGAAUGUAAGACAUGCAAUAAAACAUUCACAACAAGGCAAAACCUAUACCUACAUAAUGUGAUUCACACUGGAGAACGUCCUUACAAUUGUGAAAUAUGCAAUAAAGCAUUUACAUUGAAGCAAAGCUUAAGCCGACAUGAAAUUAUUCACAUUAGAGAAUACCCUUAUGAGUGUGAAAUAUAUCAGCACGCCAACGAGAAGACUCUGGAGGCCAGAAUGCUUCGUAGGCAACAGCAAAUGGAAAUUUUGGAAACUUGCACAAUGACUGAUGAACUAUUAUAUGGCUCAGAAAUAGAUGUUUUGGUUUAA